UUUGCCAGUCGGAACUCUGCAAGCUCAGCGUCUGAAUCUGUUGUGCCCAGAGAUGUAUCUCUAAGCCAGGCACAUGGCCAACACUGAGAAAUAGGUGCAGAGGCUUGGGGGGAGAAAGGCCAUCAGAUCCAGAAGACUUACGGCAGCUUAGAGUCACGGGAGGCCCCAGAAGUGGUCUGAAAUGUCUGCCGAACCCACUGCCCGCUCCAGCCUCAGCCUACAGAAACCAGGGCUUGGUUCCAGGGAGGGUUGGUUCCCUUCCUGUGGGGCUGCUGACCUGACGACCUUGUGACAGGAAGCACCAGCCCCGGAGAGGACACGCCCUGUGGUCUGUCUGUCCGGAGGGCACCCAGGUCUCCUCCAUCCUCACAGCCUGGACCGCAGGGAGGAGACGCCAUGGCCCCCGCGCUCCCCGCCCUGCUCUGCCUCGGGCUGAGUGUGGGCCUGAGGACCCAGGUGCAGGCCGGGACCCUCCCCAAACCCACCAUCUGGGCUGAGCCGGGCUCUCUGGUGCCCUGGGGGAGCCCCGUGACCAUCUGGUGUCAGGGGACCCCGGGGGCCCAGGAGUUCCAUCUGGAUAAAGAGGGAACCUCAGUCCCCUGGGACAGACAGAAACCCCUGGAGCCCGGGGACAAGGCCAAGUUUUCCAUCUACUACAUGGGACAGGACCAUACAGGGAGCUAUCGCUGCUACUACAAAACCGCCACUGGCUGGUCAGAGCCCAGUGACCGCCUGAAGCUGGUGGUGACAGGACCCUACAGCAAACCCAGCCUCUCAGCCCUGCCGAGCCCUGUGGUGACCUCGGGAGGGAACGUGACCCUCCAGUGUGCCUCCUAUCAUGGAUUUAACAGAUUCCUUCUGACCAAGGAAGGAGAUGACGAGGCCUCUUGGACCCUGGAUGGAGAGCGACGCCCCGACGGGCAGACCCAGGCCCUGUUCCCCGUGGGCCCCGUGACCCCCGGACACGGGUGGACGUUCAGAUGCUACGGCUUUAACAGGGACACCCCCCGGGUGUGGUCAGCCCCCAGCAACCCCCUGGAGCUCCUGGUCCCAGGGCUGUCUGGGAAGCCCUCCCUCCUGACUCCGCAGGACCCCAUCGUCACCUCUGGACAGAACCUGACCCUCCAGUGUCGCUCUGACGUCGGCUACGCCAGAUUCACUCUGUCCAAGGAGGGGGGACAGGACCUCCCCCAGCGCCCUGCCCGGAGGCUCCAGGCAGGGCUCUCUCAGGCCGACUUCCCCCUGGGCCCUGUGGGCACCGUCCACGGGGGCCGGUACAGAUGCUACGGUGGACACGGCCUCUCCUCUGAGUGGUCGGCCCCCAGCGAGCCCCUGGAGCUGCUGGUGGCAGGACGGCUCGGAGACAGCCCCUCCCUCUCCGUGCAGCCCGGCCCCUCGGUGGCCCCGGGGGAGACCGUGACCCUGCUGUGUCAGUCAAGAGACAGGACGGACACUUUCCUUCUGUCCAAGGAGGGGGCAGCCCAUCGCCCCCUGCGUCUGCGCUCCCAGGACCAAGACGGGCAGUACCAGGCCGAGUUCUCCUUGAGCCCUGUGACCUCAGCCCACGGGGGCACCUACAGGUGCUACCGCUCACUCAGCACAGACCCCUACCUGCUGUCCCAGCCCAGUGAGCCCCUGGCCCUCGUGGUCUCAGACUACACCGUGCAGAAUCUCACCCGCAUGGGCCUCGCAGCCUCCGUCCUGCUGCUCCUCGGGGUCCUGCUCUGCCAGGCUCGGCAUGACCGCAGAGGAGCCAGAGACGCGGCCCGGAGCUGAGCACGGGGACCCGGCACCACCUGGAGCACUGCAGCCUGGGAUGCGAGCUUCCAGCCCCGGAGCUUCGGGAAGAGCCUCUGACCCCGGGGGGAGAGACGCGCCGCGGGGCGGGAGGAGGGGGUCUGGGGGCUCGGCCUCUGCUCACCGGGGCCCCUCCCUCCCAGGGAGGACGCCCCGACUCCUAUCUCUGCUCACCCGCUGCCCCAGGCACAUCCCACAUGGCAGGGGCGGGUCCUCACCCUGCACGCCUGCAGGCUCUGUCCACUCUCGUGAAGGACGUGAGCCUCGUUUUUAAUGCCCACCAUCUCCGGUGUGAGCAAUGACCUCCAUCCCUUCUCAGAAACAGAAUGUCGUUUAAAUAACUGAAUAAAUGGGUGAAAGUGGGCCCCACUGGGAACAGAUGGACCCAGAACUCUUCCCUGAGCCCCCCGGACCCCUCUUGCCCUGCUCUCCUCGUCAGAUGACACCCAGUGUCGUCUCUGCAGACACCGUCGCUGCGAGGGGACGCCCUGACGUUUGAAGGUGCUGUGCUGGUAAACGGCUAAGGAAUACAACAUUUUAUAAG